CGUGGUAGGGAUCACUUCGUAACGUUCUUUCGGAGCGGACACAUCGAGCGUUACGGUCACGGUAACGCAGUUGUAACGUAUUUUUUCAAAAGUGUGUCACAUGGUUUACAGUUUAGCCUUUCCGGUGUAGAAACAGGGUCGAAAUCGUUUGGACUCUACUAAAGUGAUUUGAAAUUGUGUAUCAUACAAGUUUUACUUCGUAUUUUUCAAGAAGAGGUUACUAGAAACUUUGGUAACUUGUUGAUUCUAACGUAUUUUUGAGUGAUCACCACGUGUUUUAUUUGAACUUCCAGAAGAAAACUUAUUAAUUUCAACGUAUUUUCGACAACGUACCACUUGUUAAGUUGAACUUUCUCUAUUAUCUAGUUUAUAUCAACGUUUUGUUAAGUGAUUCUACGUGUUUUUGUUGAAGUUUAUAGAAAAAAACAACUUGAAAAACUUAUAGAUUCAAAGAUAUUAUUUCUUAGUAGAUACAAACUUACAACCAUUACUGUUUUACAGUGUUUCAAUUGAACUUUCUGAAAUAUAAACUUGUGAAAAUUGUUGAUAGUAGGUGCUUAUUUUUUAUUACAUAAAUGUGUUAGUUUUCCGUUUGUGAUUUAAUACUUGAGAGCUCGACGAAAACUUUCAGAGAACAUCUGAAACCAGUUGAUUUGAACGUAUAUUUCCGUGCUUGCUCAUUCAACACUGUGUUAAAAAUCUAUAUUCUUCACAGAAAAAACUUUACCAACCAGUUGAUUCAACGUAUUUUUGAGUGCGAAUUAUAUGUUUUUCCAUUUUUGAACUUCUGAAACCAGUUGAUUUGAACGUAUAUUUUCGUGCUAGCUUAAUCAACACUGUGUUAAAAAUCUAUUCUUCACAGAAAAACUCUACCAACCAGUUGAUUCAACGUAUUUUUGAGUGCGAAUUACAUGUUUUAGUUUUGAGUUUCAACAGUAUCGUACACGAAAAAUGAAAAUGGUCCUCUCAGCCAGUAUUGUAAUCCACAACUUCGUCAGUACCUACUCACCUAUUGGCGAAAUCAUCGCUUUCAAACGUAGAAAACUUUUACUACCAGGCGGCCAUUGUCUAUUCGGGGCACCCAACCCCGAAGAAACCACAAAACUGAUCAACGAUCAACUAUUCAACGACCGUCAACGUAUGCUGGAUCAGUACGACUUCGACAUUGUUACCAACUCGACGACGGAAAACGUUAACCUCAAAAAAGACUUGGUUUCUAGUUCUAGUAGUAAAGGGGGUGAUUAUGGUAGUAGUAAUAAUAAUAAUGAGGGUGAGAAAAAGGACUUUGACGAAGAUGUUUUGAAACGGAUUCGAGGAGAAGAUGGAGACGGAGAGGGAAGCGGCAACGAAGGAGGAGUGGAAGAGAGAAGGAGGAUGGAGGAGAAUGACAGAUGCAAGGAUGGUCUUCGUAGAGUGCGGAAAGGUGCUGCUUUCAAGAGGCAAUCACAUUUAACAGAUUUCUGGAGAUCGAAAAGGAGAGCGUGGGAAUCCUCAACCUCAAAAGGAAAGCUUGGAUCAGAAUCGACUCCAUCUUGGAAAACCUACUGCAUGGAGUCUAUUCAGUAGCUUUCAAAAUAAUAGUACUCUAGCUUGAAAAUUUAGUCUAAGAACGUUAGGAUAGCACAUUCAUCUCAAAAUAUUAUAUCUGUACUAUUUUAGAAUUAUUUAUAAAUCACUAAAUCAACUAUUAGUUUUAGAGCGUUAUCAUAUAAAUGUAGGUAGUUAUAGAAAGUACGCAAUGUAUCUAGUCUGAAAGUGGGUGUAGGAUAAUAAAUCCAUUAAUAUAUCUCUUACAUAUUUUAUGAAUAUCCAGAUAAAUAUUGCAUAUGAACAUAAUUUCUCAGUCAUUUGUACACUGGAAUCCAAUCACACAAUAUUUCAGGAAGGUUGAGAAACUAUCAAAAUAAAUUAGAAAUCCUAUUAUUCAAAGUUCAACUCAGAUAAAAUUUAAUUCAACCACCGUACAAAGACGUCUUUGCAUUGACAUAAGAUUGACUCAUUGGUUCCGAUGAAUGAAAUUAUUUUAUAGUGGUUGAAUUCGAUAGGAUGUAUUUGUAAUUAGCCGCUACAUUCUGUGUUUCAACAUUUGAAAUUGACAAAUUUUGAAUAGUUUAAUUAUAAGGAAUAUUGAGGAGACGUACCAGUGUUGAAUGUUGAGUCAGACUUGGAAAAAAUUCUAUUUCUGUAGUAAAAUAUUAACAUUUUUGGUGAAAAAUUAUGAAAAUCUUGUAUUAAUUUUCUUGUAGCUUCCGUUGUAAUAUUGUAGAAUUCCAUAGUGUUUACUGAAUUGCUUAUUAUAACAAAUGUUUAUUAUAAGUUAAAUUGUUUAUUAUAACUAUUUAUGUUAAUAGUUGGGAUGGAAAUUCAGUUGCUUCAAUUGUUCUUUAAAUUCAUUAAUUCUUAAAGUUUAAGACUCUUGACCUUGUACAUGUAAUGUAUAUGACACUAAAUCUCUUGAGUGAUUCAAUUGAAAAAUUAUUCUCUCCUUAAGGAUCCGAUCAUCCUGGAAGAGAAAUUGCCUAUGUGAAGAAAAGAUAGAAGAAAGACCUGUGAGAAUAUGAUUAUUUUCUCAUGCCAUACCACUAAAAUAGCGGCAAAUCUAGUUUAGUUUCAAACUUGAGAACCCUUGAGAAAGUUCUCUUUCCCAUAAACGCAACCUUGAAAAACCCCUUGAAAUCAACCUGAGAUUUGUUCUCGAAAAACUCAGCCUAUUGCGUAAGCAAACUGAGUUCUUCUACGUACAACAAACAAAAAAUCUCCGAAAAUAGAAGAAGAGAAGUUGAAAUUAAGUUGCUGGAGAAAAAACGCCUACGUCAUAACUGGGAUUAAUCCUUUAUGGUGACGUCAUAACUAUCACACAUGUGGUGAUGACGAUGUGGUUCUCUCUCAUUAGUUAACUCUCUCGAACUUACUCUCACUCUCUCUCGCUCAUCAAACGGAACUGACUAUUCCCAUACAUCUAGAAACUUCCCGUAUUAGUAUGAGAGUCUAAUUUUUUGAUCGCCGUGUGAAAUUCAUUAAUUGACUUCGGGACAUCCUACAAUAUUAACUCUACUGUUUUAUUCCCACACCCUAAUUUCUCUCUCUCUCUCCCUCCCUUACACUCUCUCUGACUAUCCAAUCUUCAACUUCACAACACUCACGCUCUCUCUCUCUCUCCUACUUUACCCUUCCACUCUAUACAUUUUCCCAAGUAUCUCUUUCUUUUCCCUUACUCAUACACCAACUCACUCUCUCUCACUCUCCCCUACUCUACCAUCCCAAUCAUUCUCCUUUUCCCUUACUCAUACACCAACUCACUCUCUCUCACUCUCCCCUACUCUACCAUCCCAAUCAUUCUCCUUUUCCCUUACUCAUACAUCAACUCACUCUCUCUCACUCACCCCUACUCUACCAUCCCAAUCAUUCUCUCUCCCUCCCACACGUGUGUUACUAGAUGGGAAAAACUUCGAGUGCACUCUAUGAACUAAUGCUUGCACAUGCGCGUUUGUUAGUUGCUACAGUGUCCGAGUGUUGCUUUUUUAUUCAUUUUUUUGUUCAAUUAGGGCCAGUAGGCUGUUGUGUGCGAGAUAUAAAACAUAUGGCCCUUUUGAUGAAGAGAAGAGGUUCAUAUUAGUUUGGAAAGCGACAUAAAACCCUAAAAAAAGGUUUAUACGAACCUUUUUAUCGGGUACCACUGAUAGGUGUAUAUGUAUAAGGUAUACAACUUCCGUGAGAAAUGAACAAUAAAGCUUAAACAAUAGAUGGAGAGUUUUAAACAAAGGAGCUUGAUUUGAUUUUUGAAUUAUUAGAUUUAUUAAUGUUAUGAAAUAGAUGAAGAUAAGGGUAGCAUUUUGAGAAGGAGUGCGAUGUUUACAAUAAUUUUAUAUUUUUUACAAAAUCUAAACUAUUUUUAAAGCAAUUUCUUAACUCUGAUACAAUCAAAUUCCUCUUUCAAAAGAAUACAUUGAUUUCAUAUUUCUCUACAUGACCUUAUCCAUUUUUAAAGCAAUUUCGGAGCUCUGAUACAAUCAAAAUCCUCUUUCAAAGGAUAAAAUGAUUUCUUAUUUCUCUACAUAAUCGAUUCUAUUUUUAAAGCAAUCUCGUAACUCUGAUACAUUCAAAAUCCUCUUUCAAAGGAUAAAAUGAUUUCUUAUUUCUCUACCUAAUCGAAUCUAUUUUUAAAGCAAUCUCGUAACUCUGAUACAUUCAAAAUCCUCUUUCGAAGGAUACAAUAAUUCCAUAUUUCUUUGCAUAAUUUUAUCUAUUUUUAAAGCAAUCUUGUAAGUCCGAUACAAUCAAAAUCCUCUUUCAAAGGAUACAAUAAUUUCAUAUUUCUUUGCAUAAUCUUAUCUAUUUUUAAAGCAAUCUCGUAACUCUGAUGCAUACAAAAUUCUCUUUCAAAGGAUAACAACUAAAUGAGAUGAACAACAAGACUCUCCAAUUCCUAGACAUUUUUCAAUGAAGAACUCCCACAUAUGAGAUUUUCAUUGAAAAGUUUCCUGGAAAACUCCAUCUCAGGAAUGUUCAAUUUGGAAAAUGUUGGUGUUGUAAUUUUGGAGCGUUUAUUUUGAAAAUCAGACAACUCCCUGAUUGAGGAUUAAAACUGUGAUGUCCUUAAUCAAGGAAUUCUCAAUUUUAUAAAUGUUUAUUGCUCUCUACAGCCAUCGACAAAAUAUUCUACUGAACAUUUUAAUUCUUUGAAAGACAAUUUUGGAUGCUAUUCUAAACAUCAACAAUUGUAUGUCGAAUCGUCAAUUGCACAAACCGUACGAUUACUCAUUAAAUUAUUAAUAAAAUUUCAUUCCCAAGAAACAAACCAGUCAUAAACUACGUCAAAUUUUAUUAUUAUUAAACGAAAAUCCAAAUUAAAUGCUGUAAUUGACCCCGAAGACUUCGGCUUCUGCUACUGCAAAUAUUGACAACAGGGUAAGCAGCUAGAUGGAAAUUCAUUGCAGCAUUUAAUUUGGAUUUUCGUUUAAUAAUAAUUAAUUCAUUAGCAUUUGAAUAAUUGCAAUAUCUUAGUAAUUUACAUCUGUAAACGUCAAAUUUCUUAAUCAUUUCUUAAUAUUAUUAUUCUUCACCUAAUAAUAAUUAUUAUUAUAUUAUCUUAGAUCAUAUAUUAUAUAAGAUCUUAUAUUAUAUUAUCUUAUCUAAGAUACUAUCUUAGCAAACUUGUCUAUUUUUCCUUGCUACUCUAAACUGUUUCAAUAUGUGUUUUGAGCUCAUCUCUUUUUUCAACUAAGCUAGAUUACUUAAACCAAUUAUUAUGUGAUUGAAAAAGUUCUUAAGAGAAUUAAAGAACCGUUUAAUAUCAAAUUUAUAAGACAUUCGAUUAUUUAUUGAUAAUCUCACAGUACACCUACAAUUUCAUUUUAAGGCUGCUCUAGAAACUUUUUUUAUAUUUGAAUUGUUUAAUCUUUUUCAAUAUAAUUGUUAAUAUAGAGUGAGAAAAAGUGGGAACUGAAAUUUUUAUGAACAUGUUACUCACAUAAUAUAGAUUGGAAAUGGGACAGUUUUGGGCAUGAGCCUGUUGUGCCUUUCCUCAUGUUAAGUAUAUUUGUAAACAAGGUGAUAAAUAAAUAAAUAAAUAAUGAUCUCUUAAGUUUUUCUUAAACUAAGAAUAGAUUUCUUCUCCAUAAAUAGAUUAUUCCCAACACUGUAUUGUACAUAGCAAAUGUGACCUAAUAGUGAUCAAUAUCAAUGUAUAGAGAAACAAUAGCGUAAGUAGAUGUCCCAUGUUAUAGGAUGUUUAUGUCGCAACUUUUACUGUUAUCUCAAGCCGAUAGUCCACGUAGUUCUUUCCCGUGAAGCUGUGUGACGCUCGUAG